AUGGUGAAAUCAACUCCACAAAACCCUAACUCACUUCAUCCACCGGCAACUGCCAGCGGUCCUCCUCUGCCGUCCCAGGGCGGCGGCUUCUUACGAUUGCCCUGGCGACCGAGAAUAAGAGUCACUUCCGAGUUCAACAGUGUGAGCUCCAUCUUCUUGCACAAGAUGUCGUGCAAGUUGUUUGAAGACUUUGCAAAGCUAAAGCUCUGUUUUCAGAACAACAUCAAGGGCGAGAUCUUCCAGCCCCAAGUGGCCCUUACCUCCAACCGCCUCUCGCUCCGCUACGGUCUCGAAGAUAAGAACGCUUUUGUCAAAGGGUGUCUGGAUGUAGGUCGCCGUUUGCAGAUAAGAGCUGCUCAUGAUGUGAUUGCACAACAACUGGAGUUGUCAGUUGGUGCUGAUAUUGCUGGUCCAGCCUAUAAAAUUGGACUGCCAUCUGCUUCUUUGCCAAGAGCAAACUUUAAAUUUCCUCUUGGUGAAGUUACAUUGGCAGAGAAAGAGGAGGAGUACGAGGAAGCUGAGAGAAUGCUGUCUAUUAAUGGGGUCCUUAAAGGUCAUAUUCCAAAUGGGGUUUGUACUGCUCAAUAUGCUAAUCAAAACUUGAAGCUAAGAUACUGCUAUAAGGAUGAACAAAUGGCCAUUAUUCCAAGCAUUUCACUUCGACCUAAUGGAUUAUUCUUUGCUUUUAAGGUUCAGUUUGGUCCUUACGACAAUUUGAGCUACUGGUACAAUUUUGAUUCAAACUACUGGAGUACAGUGUACAAGCACACAGUUGGCAAAGACUUCAAAUUCAAAGCUAGUUAUAAUUCAGAAGUGCGACGUGGUUGGGCAUCUUUAUGUGUUGGAGAUGAAGGUGGCAGCACAAAGACAGCUCCCCUGAAGAUGAAAGCUCGGUUCAUGCUCCAAGUGCCACAAGAUGAUAUCAGAUCAUCCGCGUUGAUGUUCCGUGUGAAGAAGAGGUGGGAUAUAUGA